UUGAAAAAAAGUAUAAUUAUAAAUAAAUAUUAUUAAAAAAUAUAUAAUUCAAUAUCAUUAAAAUGAAAACACUUCGUCAGCCAUCAACAACUAAAAAUUUAAGCAAUUUGAAUAGAAAAUGUGGAGACAUAACAUACUGCAUACAAGUGGGAAAAAGAGUUUAUGCUCUAAACUGUUUAUAUUGUCCCCAGAUUUGUUUACAGUGGGACAUAUUUAUUAAUCAUAUGGAGGAAGAACAUAAUGAAGACCUUAAUUUUGCAUUGCAACAUCAAAGCCUUGAAACGGAGCCACAAAUAGACAACGUACAGGAUGAAAUUUCUGAGGAUUUACAACGAAAUAAAACCACACCUACUACAUUUAAUAAGCUCGAAGAACCGAACCGUUUUCCAUUUAAUGAUCCCUUAGAAGGUGAUAAUUCAACAAAUGCAAUGUCUUUGGAAAGUUCAAUCAAGAUAGAAAAAAUAGAUUGCACACCAAUUCAGACAAUGAUUGAUGAUGAUGAUUUUCAAUAUGAUAAAAGUGAAGAUGAUAAGAAUGACGAAGAGACAUCUGAAGAAGGUUAUGAUUGGAGUGAACUAAAUGAUGACAUUUCAUUACAAUCCUCAUCAUCUUGCAAUAAUGACAAUAACGAUGAUCACAAGAAUUUUGUGUUUAAUAAAAUCAAACUUACUGAAAUAAUAAUUAAAUAUUACAAAAAUUAUCCCGUAUUAUGGCAAACAAAUCGAAAUGAACAUACAAAUGUUAUAAAACAACAGGAAGCCUACAAAAAAAUAACAAAAGUGAUCAAUAAAGAAAUGAAUUUAAACUUCAAAUGCAUUCAAAUUAAAGGAAAGAUUAAUAAGUUAAGAAGCAAGUUUCGUAAAGAGCAUGAACUUCUUACAGCAUUUACUGAAGAAAUUGAUACAAAUAGUAAUGAAAGUGAUAUGGAAUGUAAUGAGUUUUAUACUACACCAAAUGGACCAAGAACUGUAUCAUGGCUAUAUGAAAAGAUGAGUUUUCUUAAAGACCACAUAAAUAAUGGAAAAAAACGAAGUAAAAGAGGUACCAAAGCAUUGAUGAAUGACAAAAAUUAUUUACCACUUGCAAAAUUUUCUUUUGAAGAAAAUCAACAAUUUGUGGAGCUUUACAAAAGUUAUCCCUGUCUAUGGGAUGUAAAUCAUAUAGGAUUUCGAUUUAAAAAUCUGAGGCAAGAAAGUUUACAAGAACUAUUAGAAGCUGUUAAUAAUGAAAUGAAUUUAAAAAUAUCUCUAAAGGAGCUGCAGAAAAAACUAUAUAUUAUACGUUACGCAAUUACACAAGAAAAGCACCGAAAGAUCGAAAGUGAAAAAAUUAAAGCUGUAUUUACGCCGCAAUGUAAAUUGUACAAUGAACUAUUAUUUCUAAAAGACUCUGUGGGACCUUUUAAAUGUGAAUAUUGUGAUCAAAUUUUUAAUGGACCAGACCAAUAUAAAGUACACAAGUCCUCUCAUGAUGGAUCAAUGCCAUACACUUGUCCCCAGUGUAAAAAAGGUUUCAUGAAGGUGGGCAAUUGCACUGUACAUUUGAGAAGACACACUAAAGAUUAUCAAUUCGAGUGUCAAGAAUGUGGAAAAAAGUUUCCCACAUCGACGGAUUUAAAUGUUCACUCACGUCAUCAUACCGGCGAAAAACCGUACUUUUGUGAUAUUUGUGGACAAUCGUUUCGUACAUGGACUUAUUUUGAUUCCCAUCGAAGGCGUCACGAAAAGAAUCCAAAUCAUAAAUGUUCGCUUUGUUCGAAGGGCUUCUAUGAACAUAAUAAACUAAAACAACACAUGAAGUCCCACAUGAAUGUACGUGAUAAAGUUUGCGAUGAUUGUGGAAAAUCAUUUACCUGUACAAAGUAUUUAAAUCAACAUAAAUUAACUCAUGCGGAAAAGAAAAAAUAUUCUUGCAAAAUUUGUGGUAAAAUGUUUGCACAACGUGGAGCUUUAAGUAAUCACACUAAAUCACAUGGGAUAAUUACAAAAUUAUAAAAAUGUUUAGUGCAACAUAUUUAAUUUAUAUAUAGUUGACUAACAGACCCGGUGUGCUUCGCC